AUGAUGGUGCCAGGAGCACCGGUGGGGACCCUCCCGGCACAUCACUGCUGACCCCCUGGGCUUUCCCUGGCGCUGCUGCUGCUGCUGCUGCUGCCCAUGCCGGGCUCCCGCUGCCCCAUGGCAGCCCCGGCGCCGCUGCACCGUGUGGGUGCCCCUGAGGCCCUCGAGCUCUGAGCGCCGCGCGCCGCCGCACCACCAUGUCCAUGGAGUGGCUGCUGGACUGGAGCUGGUCCCUGGACGGGCUCAGGGAUUUCAUCGCCACCGGCAUCCAGUCCUUCCGGGACUGCGACGCCACGGCCCUGGCCGCCGUCGCCUGCCUGCUGGUGCUCUUCCUGUGGUACUGCUACCACGUGGGGCGGGAGCAGCCCCGCGCCUACGCCACCGUCAACGCCCUGAUGCAGAGCGCCGAGGCCAACGGCGUGCAGAACGGGUUCGUGUUCUGCCACGCGCCCGAGUGCGCGCGCUGCACGCACCACGACGGCCUCAACCAGAAACUCUACCACAACCUGCAGGAGUAUGCCAAGCGCUACUCCUGGUCCGGCAUGGGCAGGAUCCACAAGGGCAUCCGCGAGCAGGGCCGCUACCUCAACAGCCGGCCCUCCAUCCAGAAGCCUGAGGUCUUCUUCCUGCCGGACUUGCCCACCAUGCCCUACUUCUCCCGGGACGCUCAAAAGCACGACGUGGAGUUGCUGGAGCGCAACUUCCAGACCAUCCUGUGCGAGUUUGAGACCCUCUACAAAGCCUUCUCAAACUGCAGCCUCCCGCAAGGAUGGAAAAUGAACAGCACGGCCAGCGGGGAGUGGUUCACCUUCUACCUGGUGAACCAGGGCAUGUGCGUGCCCAGGAACUGCAGGAGAUGCCCACGGACGUACCGCUUGCUCGGGAGCCUUCGCACCUGCAUUGGCAACAACGUCUUUGGGAACGCGUGCAUCUCCGUGCUGAGCCCGGGCACCGUCAUCGCCGAGCACUACGGGCCCACCAACAUCCGCAUCCGCUGCCACCUCGGUCUGAAGACACCCAGUAACUGCGAGCUGGUGGUGGGGGGCGAGCCCCAGUGCUGGGCCGAGGGCCGCUGCCUGCUCUUUGAUGACUCCUUCCUGCACACGGCGUUCCAUGAGGGUCCCCCCGAGGAGGGUCCCCGCGUGAUCUUCAUGGUGGACCUGUGGCACCCCAACGUGGCCGCCGCUGAGCGCCAAGCCCUCGACUUCAUCUUCGCGCCGGGACGAUGAUGGCGCUGGCCGGGGCUGUGGGUUCCAGGGCGGCCGGGCCAGCUCGGCGCCGGCACCAGACGGGAGCUGCCUCCCGGCGCACGGCCUCGGGUCCGGGCUCUUGUAAAUGGAAACUGCGACGUGUCCCCGCGCCCAUCCCUCCCCUCCAUCAUCGGCUUCAGGGAUUCUUUUCGCCUUCCCUCCGUGGUUCAGCUGCAGCACCACUCCCCUGCGUGUUCCGUUGCUACUGUGUUUUGCGGUGUUCAGAAGUAGAGUAACAAAGCCAAGGGUGUUCGUUUGAAUGUGAUGAUGUAAAACUUCUCGUGGCCAUCAACCAAAAACCCAACACACGCACACACAAACCCCAGGACAGCAGCCCAGCCCUGGCCCUGGCUUGGUCACAGUCCCUCCAUGGACGGACAGAUGCUGGGGGCUAUAGGGGUCAUAAUGCAUUCCCCAAGGCAGGGGCUGCUCCGUUGGGGUGGGUGAGGCAGUGCUCUGCCCACAGAGAGCUCCUGCACCAUGAUCCCAAGGGCUCCUGCUUCCUCUUCUUCCUGCUCUUUAAUCUGAACCGAGGGUGUUAUCGGUUACCAAACUCCCUUCCUCUCUUUAUCUGCAACCUUGGGCUGCCACAGCUGGAGCUGGGCAGCCCCUGCGAGGGCAGGAUGCUGUCUGGAAUGUGGCGCAGGGCUUUUGUUUCCCAUAGGCUAAGGCCAGGGAAGAAAGGAGACGAGCUUCCCUCUGCUGCUCCAUCUUCUUUCCUCAAGCCAGGGCAAGUGUACAGAGGCAGCUCACACAGACCUGACAGCAAAGGGAAGGUUUCCAAAGGCAGAGGCCCCAGUGUCCUGCGCACACAACAACCAACACGCUUCUCCCAAAGGCCCCCAGCACCCAGGGUGUGUUUGGGGCUCCCAGGGUACGGAGCUACCAUAGGGUUUAUAACACAGCACCCAUGAAGCACAGCCUGUGAUGCUCACCCCAUCCUGCACCUCUGCUCAGGAGGUGGCUCCAGGGAGCCUGCGGGGAGGGAACGCAGCCCCUUCCCAGCACGGUUUCUGGACAGGUUUUUCAGUGAUUGGAUGCAGGAUAAGGCAGAGAUUUCAGAUACAUCCGAGAUGGUUUUUACACCUGUCCUGUUACAGACUAUCUGACGUGCAUGAUUUCUACACGCAUCGACUGCCCGGUGCCAGACCCUGCGGGAGCCGGUCACUGGCUCAGCGUUCGGCACCAUUCAUACAGUGGUGGAUAAGCAAAGAUUAUCAAUAAACAGUUGUGCUGAAAACA